CCAGCCUGAGAUUUUUUAAAUGAAUAGGAAAUAGGAAAAAAAACUUAAAAGACUCUUUCUCACUAUUUUCACUCUUCACCUCCCUCUUUCUUUCACCACCUUGACUUCAUGUCUUGCUCAGGACUUCACGCAAAAAUCAUCUUCUCAGUGAAACCUUCUGUGACAUGCCCCACACCCUAAAUCCUGUCUUCUCCACUGCUUUAUUCUUCUCAUCAUCUAACAUAAUAAAUAUUCUAUUCAUAUAACUUGCUAUAACCCACAUUUCCUGUUAAAAAGUGAGUUAUAUGAGGGUGGAGAUUUUUGUUUGCUUUUUUACUAGUAUAUUAUCUUCAAUAUCUAGAGCAGUGUCUGGCACACUAAAGAUAAUAUUCAUUGAAUAAAUUAUUUUUUUCUCUUAGGGAUUGAAAAUAAAAGGCUACAGUGAUUUUGGGCAAUAGAUUAUAUAAGAAGUAGAUUUUAGAAGGUAGAUCUAGCUUUAAAUCAUUAUAAUUAUAAUGAUUAGCAUUCACUGAGUGUGUGUUAUAGGCCAGUCACCAUGCUACGUGCUUUAGAUUUAUUGCCUCAUUUAAGUUUAUAGUCAUUGAAAAAACUUUCAGGGUUCCAAUUUUGAAGCUUAGUUAUUGAUACAAUGGUGAAACCUUCUGAUUCUUUUUCACAGGAUUUAACAUUAUUAGUCACACUUACAUACUUGAUUUGGUCUUUAUUAAUGUGUAAAGUUUGUUUCAUAUUUCCUGAGAGUCAAGACACAAGAUGACCAGUAGAAGCUAAUGAAAGGGUUCAUACAUAACAUACCUGGAUGCUCUCUAUGGUCUGACAGUAUUUUAAGUCUAUGUCUCUUUGUCUGAUCACAUAUAACCACAUACAGGAUAUUUAGUCCUGUGAUUAAGAUAAACCACAGUUCCUAUAUUAUUCAUCUUCUUGUUUAAACUACAAUUGUCUGAGUUUAGAAAUGAUUACUCCAGUAUACUGAACUCUUCCCAAGUACGAGCUGCUCCAAACUGGGACACAUUCAGGUUUCCUCCUCAGGGAUCGUUGGUAAUGGUAACUCACUUUCCUUGACUUUCUCCUUCCCUCUUUCAUUUUGCAGAAAACACGCCCUCACCACCUUUCUGUACAUUAAGACCCUUCUCUUCAGAAAUGGUUGGCCUGGCUUCUUUUUUAGCACUACUGACUGUUGAAGAGAGAUAGGAUAGAAGCACAGAAAUGAAGCUGUGUCUUUGGCCAUCCUCUAUUGAGUAAAGAAAAGUCAGGACAUGUAUAGAUGUGUAUGGUAUGCCCCAGUUCAGUCUGAAAAAAACAAAAACAGUUGAUAUUCUUUUAAAAAAAAAAGUGAAUCCCAUAGUCAGACUUGUUUUUAACAUUGAAAGUAUAGCUGUUUAGGCUUCAACAAUAAUAAGAAGAGGAUGAAGAAUGAGGCCAUGAGAAUUUCCCUUUCUUAGGGUGUAAUAGAAUCUAAAUGACAUAUGGAGACUGCCACCUUCCUGGAGUGUGACUGUCCAAUGAAAUCCUGAGCAGGGGAAUGAUGUGGGGAAACUGGACAGUUGUCAGUGAGUUUGUUCUUGUGAGCUUCUCAUCCUUGUCCUCUCAGCUACAAGCUCUGUUGUUUCUCCUUUUUUUGACCAUUUACCUUGUUACCCUGGUGGGAAAUGUCCUCAUAAUCCUGGUUACUACAGCUGACUCUGCCCUCCAAAGUCCUAUGUACUUCUUCCUCAGGAACUUGUCUUUCCUGGAGAUAGGUUUCAACUUGGUUAUUGUGCCUAAGAUGCUGGGGACCCUGAUCAUCCAGGACACAACCAUCUCCUUCCUUGGCUGUGCUACCCAGAUGUACUUCUUCUUCUUCUUCGGAGCUGCUGAGUGCUGCCUCCUGGCCACCAUGGCGUAUGACCGCUACGUGGCCAUCUGUGACCCUUUGCGCUAUCCAGUCAUCAUGGGUCGCAGGGCCUGUGGCCAGCUGGCAGCUGCCUCCUGGUUCUCAGGAUUCCCAGUGGCUACUGUGCAAACCACAUGGAUUUUCAGCUUCCCUUUUUGUGGCCCCAACAGGGUGAACCACUUCUUCUGUGACAGCCCCCCUGUCAUCGCACUGGCCUGUGCUGACACCACUCUGUUUGAACUGGAAGCUCUAACAGCUACUGUCCUAUUCAUCCUCUUCCCUUUCUUGUUGAUCCUGGGAUCCUAUGUCCGCAUCCUCUCCACGAUCUUCAGGAUGCCCGCAGCUGAGGGGAAGCGCAAGGCCUUCUCCACCUGCUCCUCCCACCUUCUGGUUGUCUCGCUCUUCUACAGCACUGCCAUCCUCACAUACUUUCGACCCCGGUCCAGCAACUCUCCUGAGAGCAAGAAGCUGUUGUCACUCUCCUACACUGUGGUGACUCCCAUGUUGAACCCCAUCAUCUACAGCUUGAGGAACAGUGAAGUAAAGGCUGCGCUAGGGCGGGCCAUCCGCAGGAGCCUGGGCUUUCAGAAACUAUGAUGACUUAGAUGGAAACUGAGGGGGUGGAGCACAUAGACAAAGGAAAGAAAGGCAAGUUCCUCAAAUACGUCUUUGGUCUCUAUUCUUUCCAAGAGCCCCAGUAUACACACUGGGACUUUGGACUUUCCACUGGGAUCCAUUAAUGAAUGAAAGAACAUGGGUGAUGCAAUAAAGAACUUCAGUAGACCCAGUAUUCUCUGGGACUGGGGUACCGAUGUCUCUGAGGAUGCUAUAUUAGUUUACACAGAUUAGCAGUCUGAUGGUUGACAACUUCAUUACUUUGUGUCAUUUCUUAUUUGCUUUAACUUUUCUUGAACUUCUUCAUGUCAUUUUAUGAUUUUCUGCUCUAUUUUCUUUUGUACGUCCAAAAACUCCACCAGUAACUUUCAAAGAUCUUUCUGUUUAGGAGAUAAAUUAAUGAUAAUUAUGAUAAUAAAUAGUAGAGUUUGCUUCAUUCCUUCACUCACUUUUUUUCCCCAAAAAUCUUUGGGUUUAAAAUCAAACUUCAAAAAAUUU